AUGGGCAUCAUCAGGACGACAAUAACGGCGGGCCUCUGGGGCGUGACGGGCGGUCUCGCCAGCGCAGCUGCCGGAAUGACCUACCUGGCCGCGAGCACCACCCUCGUCAACAUCACCAAGGACGACCCCAUCUUCAAGUCGAAGACGUACGCGAAGUACAACCCGAGGGGAAACCCGGCUCUUCAGGACGACUGUUUCAAGCGCGUGCCCCUGAGCAAGAUCCGACCGGACCUUCGUGACAAUGAGGAAGCGCUCACGCUCGAGUUCUGCCGUGGUAUCUGGAGUCGCUUGGGUUUCUGGCCCCAGAGCAAGCUGCAGGAGCGCUACGACAAGCCUCCCGGAACCGACGACAACCUGUGGCACACAUCGGACCUGGCGGUGUCGAAGUUUGAGAAGGGCCUGAGGUUCUCCAACCACUUCGAGGUCGUCGAGCACCAGGGCAACGAGAUCGUCGUCCGAUGCGGUGGAUCACCGCUGGAGCCCGGCCUGAGGGCGUCAGACGGUCUGCUCUUCUUCAGUGCGAAGAUCGAUCGCGAGUCGCAACAGGCCCAUUUCAGCUUCAAGUCGGCCAUGUACAGCAGUGGCGCGCCCUAUGUCGAGGGCGCCGAGCACGGGAUACCGGCCAAGAUUGGCUUUCUGCAUCGCUGGUAUGUUCGGAUGUUGGUGCAGAGUGCUAUGGGGAACGUCAAAGCAUGA